ACAUCUGUGGUUGCUUCGUUCGCACGUGCAUUCGCAUUUGAAUUUAAAUUCUCGACGAACGGCUCCACUCUCCACGUUACCUGUGUGUGUGUGAGAGAGUUUUGAUCGAUUUAGCACACACCUGUCAAACACGCGCGUGUGACAGCAGCAGAUCGUGAUCGAGCGUGAUCGUGUGCGGGUGUGUUUGUAUUGUUAAACAGCAGGAACGAAUCGAAACGUAGCUGUUUCCUUGACAACCGAACGCAGCAACUGUAGCCGUCCGUCGUCUGUCGCGCGUCACUUUGGGUGUGCUGCUGCUGUGCAGUGUCUCGCUACUAAUUAAACGUGGAAAGAAAAAACCAUGAAGCAAUUUGGACUGGGAGUGGUUUUCCUGCUGGCCGCCGUAGAGAGUGCAACGGCCAUCAGCUGCUACGUGUGCAAUACGACCGACUCGACGACACCGUUCCAGUGCAGCGAAUGGUUCGAACGGUUCGAUACGCCCGACCUGAAGCCGGUCGACUGCUCCAACGUGUACGGGGCCAAGUUCUGCAUCAAGCACAUUGGCCGCUUCGAAGAUGGAAUUGGUGCUAAGCGUUACUGCUCGUCGCGCGAUCUCGGCAACUACUGCAACUAUGUGCGCAAUCCGGGCGAUCAGAUCGAGUACCGAUCGUGCAUCUACACCUGCGACACGGACGGGUGUAACAGUGCUCCACGCUCGGCGCAGUUCGUUUCCGGCACAGUGCUUGUGGUGCUGAUUCCCUUCAUCCAGCUUCUUGCUGCUUCUCUUCUCCGGAAGGUGACGCUUUAGAUGUGCAUUUGCGGGUAUUGACUUCUAGCGUAUCAUCCAUCGUUUUACCAACCAACCAGACGAGACUUUCGUGAGAUUCUUUUGCUCGAAAGCAUUUCCGUUUUCCGUCCAUUCUUUUCCAUCCAACAUUCCAACAUUGCGCACCAAGACCCGGUGCGGUGUACGCAUACCACAAUAUGUUCAAAUGUGCUAGAAUAAUGAAUAGUGUUUAGUGAGUGGAUUUUUAAAUAAUAAUAAAAACACGUGACAAAGAAUCCUCCAAUAGAAAAA